AUGGCAGAUCUUGCAACGACCUCAUCCCUAUACGAGCUCAAAUCUCUCUACCCCUCUCAUGUGGCUUUCAGCAUAAGUGGUCAGCCAGAGGCUGUGCCACUCAUCUACAAGUAUGCAUUGAAUGAGCUGAAGCAGGAGCAGGACAUGGAGUUGCCACAGGGUGCACUAGAGCAGUGUAUAAGACUUAUGGACAGGCUCAGGGAGGCGUUGCUGCAAUCUACCCUGCUGUGUGGGGCCUCGAGGGUCAUUGAAAGCUACUAUGUUCUUUCCAAGGUCAUCCCUGAGUCUCUUCACAGCAAACAUGUCCAACGUGACACAACCAAGAGCUUGAACUAUUAUCAUGAGAUGGGAGAGAACAACGUCCACUUUAUGUACCAUGAAAGAGCAGAUGCCUUGAACAGGCUCGAAAAGAUCUAUGCAGAUGUCAGUUGGUGGGUGCAUUCAAUCAGCUAUGGGAUCACAUACACUGGGACAAACCUUCUUAAACUGAUGGAGACAAACUUCGUGACCGCUGCAGUGAUUGUGCCCAUGGAUGCUCCUCAACAGCUUGGCUGGCAGCUGGCGAAUGCGAGGAACAUGGGAGCAAUGCUGGAGGAGGUGUGA